CAGGAUCCAAACUUCCGGUGCCUGCGGAGUGCGGGCAACGGCUGCGCCGAGCGAGGCUGCACCGGGAGCGGCUGCAGGCAGACGCGGCGGCGCAGCCAUGGUGAAGAUCAGCUUCCAGCCCGCCGUGGCCGGCGUCAAAGGCGACAAGGCCGACAAGGCUUCGGCCUCGGCCUCGGCCUCGGCCUCCGCCCCGGCCGCUGAGAUCCUGCUGACGCCGGCUCGGGAGGAGCGGCCCCCCUACCACCGCCACAGGAAGAGCGGCUCCGUGGGCAGCGUGUGCUACCUGUCGAUGGGCAUGGUGGUGCUGCUCAUGGGCCUCGUGUUCGCCUCCGUCUACAUCUACAGAUACUUCUUCCUUGCUCAGCUGGCUCGGGACAACUUCUUCCACUGCGGCGUCUUCUACGAGGACACCCUGACCUCCCAGGCCCACACGCGGAUGGAGCUGGAGGAGGACGUGAAGAUUUACCUCGAGGAUAACUACGAGCGCAUCAACGUGCCGGUGCCCCAGUUUGGUGGCGGCGACCCUGCCGACAUCAUCCACGACUUCCAGCGGGGCCUGACCGCCUACCAUGACAUCUCCCUGGACAAGUGCUAUGUCAUCGAGCUCAACACCACCAUUGUGCUGCCCCCUCGCAACUUCUGGGAGCUCCUCAUGAACGUGAAGAGAGGCACCUACCUGCCGCAGACGUACAUCAUCCAGGAGGAGAUGGUGGUCACAGAGCACGUCAACGACAAGGAGACCCUGGGCUCCUUCAUCUACCACCUGUGCAACGGGAAGGACACCUACCGGCUGCGGCGCCGGGCAACUCGGAGGCGAAUCAACAAGCGUGGGGCCAAGAACUGCAACGCCAUCCGCCACUUCGAGAACACCUUCGUGGUGGAGACGCUCAUCUGCGGGGCGGUGUGAGGCCUCCCCGCCCUCCCAGCCCCACCCCUGCCUCUCCUCGUUUCUCUUCCUGCCCCUCUCUGGCCUUCCUCCUUCCCCUCUCUUAGCUUGUACUUUGAAGGCCAUUCCGUAGAUGUAACGUGCCUCCCCAUCCCGUCCAGCCCUGCCCACCUCCCUGUACCAGAGCCAGGACCUCUCAAGGCCCUCACCUCUGCUGCCGUCCUGAGCCUGGGGGACACAGAGGGCGCCCUGAGAUGGUUUCUGUGACCACCAUCUUAAAGUUGGGUCCUGUGGGGAGGACUGGAUGGAGGGGCUGGGCCUGUGGGGGUCCUGGGCUAAGGGAUAGGGUGUGGGAGGGGUGUGGAGUGGGGUUCAGAAAUGUCUGCACUGUGGGGGAAGUCCCAAAGGCUUUUUCCUUGGAUGGCACACUUGCUCCCGGGUCCCAGCCCCGGGUCUGGGCUGAGGAUGGUGGACUGUGCCAGGGAUGGACCCACCGGAGCACAAGGGAAGGUUGUUGUCCUGGGGGCCUCCCCGGACUCCUGUCAGUGCCUUCGGCCCACCAGAGGGAGCCUGGAGCUUGGGGGUGGGGAUGAGUUUGUCAAGCACAAUCGUUCUCUGAGUGGAACCAAAGAGGGAGGAGCCAGGGCCCCCCCAGGAGUAUGGCAGAGCCCCACAGCCACAGCCAUGCCAGAACAGGGCAUAGGAGGGUGGCUUUUGUCGCUGUGGGUCUGAGCAUGCCGAGUGGGCGGGGCUCCUGGCUUCCUCCACGCUUCGGGCUGUUGCAGAAGAUAAUGUGGAGGGGAGGGAGAGCACCUGGUACCUGCACACCCUGCUCCUCGUUCUGAAAUCCGUGCCCCUCUGCUUUGGGGGAUGCACCAUUUUUCCUUUUCCUCCUCACUUUUGCAUGUUUUACUGAUCAUUCCAUAUGCUAACCGCUCUGAGCCCCGAGCCUUGAAGAGGAGGCUUCAACGCCUCCAGUCAGGCUUAAGUGCUCCCUGGAGAUGAAACUCUUAAACGCUUUGUAUAUUUUCUCACUUAGAUUUCUUUUCAGAAGUGUCUGUAGAACAAUAAAAUUCCUUGACUUCUGA